AAUAUUGUUAACAACUACAAUCAUAAUGUUGAUAGCCAAAGUGUUACUUGUCAUAUGUGAAUGUCUAUAUGUAUAGAGUAAGAAAAUGGCGUAGAAGUCGAAAAAUCGUUUUAGAAAAUUGUGGCCAACUCAAGUGCAAAUUAUAAUAUAGUAUUCAACAUAAUACCAAACAAGAUGUUCCCGGGUGGCAACACAAAUGCCGAUCUGGGCUUCAACAAACAUAAUCAAUAUAUGGCGCAACCACCACAUUUUCUGGUUGCACCAGGUCCCGGGUCUGUUCCAAUUCCCGGUGCUGGACUCGCCAAUCCAUUGGCGGCUGCAACGCCCGUCAUGCCAAUGAAUGUGCAAGGCGGCAUAGACUGGGCGCAACUGGCUCAGCAGUGGAUACACAUGCGUGACUCGUCAGCAGCGCAACCUAUGGCUAAUUUUAGCAUGAAUAUGCCGAUUGCACCUCCGCCACCGAUUAUAAGCAAUGCGCCAGAGUAUCACCAUCAUCAACAGCAACAGCUGCGCCAGCAGCAGCAGCAGCAACAGCCGCCUAAAGUUCAAAAACACUACGAGGAGCACGGCGAGGCAGAGAUGGACAUGGAUAUGGAUGAGGAAGAAAAUGAAAAUAGUGCACGCAUGGCGCAUUGCAUCGAAAAUCUACCCCCUCCGCCUGUGGUUACGCAAUCUCAGUGGUUGGCAGGCAGAGUAAACGAUGUACCCAAUAUUGCAUCACACGAUACGGUUGGCCCAGACCCUCAGCAGUGGAAUGAUUGGUCAGCACGCAACAAUCCAACAGCCCAUAUUCCAUCGCUUUUAAAACUCAACGUCUGUAAUCCGAAUGAGCCAGCGGUGCAUCAGCAAGCACAACUUCCUCUGCCGAAAAGCAGCAGCUCUACCGUCACUGGCAGCGCCAGCUGCAGCGGUGUCGUCAGCACCGACAUUGAUGCAAACAAACGCAAAAUGUUACCAGCUUGGAUUAGAGAGGGUUUGGAGAAAAUGGAACGUGAAAAGCAAAAACAGUUAGAACGACAAGCUACCACAACGGAAUGCGAGACGCCAGAGAUCAAUGUUAAGCAAGUAUCAAGCAAAUCACUAACAACACCUGUUAAUCUCUUGAACAUGUCGAAUGUGGCAAGCGACAGUGAAGAUUCAAAUGCUGCCCCGGUGGAGGCCACACUGGCGCCCAGCCUGGCUCAGCUAAUAGGUAAUGAAGUAUUGAGUAAAGCCAGCAACAGUGAUGACGAGCAGGAGGACGACGAGCAGCAGGAAAGUCAGCCACAGCAUGACGUGGACAGUGGGCACGUUGAAGCAACAGUUGCAAGGUCAGCCAAUGCUGAGGCAGCAUUAAGUGGUAAAAACUACGAAGAAAGACUGGCCGAUCUGAUGCUUGUUGUGCGUCGCACACUAACCGAAAUACUGCUGGAAACCACCAAUGAAGAGAUUGCAGCUAUUGCUACUGAAACACUCAAAGCGCAUCGCGCUAAAGCGUCAUCAGCCCAAGUGAUUCGCAAAAGCGCCUUGUCCUCCAUUACCGGCAACCUGGGAUUAGCUGUUUAUGGCGAUUCUUCAAGCGAAAGCGAUGACGAUGCUGAUGAUAAUGAAGGCGGUCAAACCGAGCGCGGGAACGAUUCAUCCGCGGACAAAACUAAUGAACUAAGUGCGGACGAGUUAAAGGCGCGUAUAAGAAAAAGUAAACGUGCUUUCGAGCGAGUCAUUGAUGACAUCGAGGAGCGUGUAUUGCUGCAGGAGCAAUUGGAUGAGCGGAAGCUGCAACAACACCGCAAGCUCGAAUUGGAGCAAGCGGAAGCCAGCAGGCAGCGGGAUAACAGCGAACAUCGACAAACAGAAGCUUCUGUUGAUAGAGCAGGACAUGAAACCAAGAAUGCUUCCACGAAUGAAAAAAUGCAACAAUUUAAUGCAGGAAAACGGCUCAGUCGCAAAGAGCGCACAACGCGCUUUAGCGACAACAAGGACGGCAAACAGGCGCAGACCUUUGUAACCCAAGUGGUGGCAGUUCCCGCUGUACAGUCUACCAUUAUUGCGCAGAAGCUGAAGCCGGUGCCCAAUCCGGCCACCAAUUUGCUGCAGAUGCCUGAGUCUGUGACGACCAUGCUAAGCGCUGCGGACAAAGCACUCGACAAAGCAAGCAAAACAGGAAAAAAAUCGAAAAGCAGACGACGUCAGUCCACGUCCUCUUCGUCGUCCAGUAACAGCGGGGACAGCAGCAGCAGUAGUAGCUCAAGCAGCGAUAGCAAUUCCAGUUCAAACAGUUCAAAGUCCUCCAGCAACAGUGAAGACAGCAGCACUCGAAGCAGUGCUCCGGCCAAGAAACACGGCAAGAGCAGUCGCCAUCAGAGCAGAGGCAGCAGCGGUCACAAGCAGAAAAGCGAGCCCGACCGUAAGAGCCAUCGUAGAGGUCCAAGUACCAGCAGCACUCGCAACUAUGAUCGCCAUCGUAGUAGUCGUGAGAGCCGUGAUCAUCGCAGCAGUCGCGACAGCCGCGAUCAUCACAGUAGUCGCGACAGUCGGGAUCGUGAUCGUACACGUGAUCGUGAACAUGAACGACGUGCAAUGCAAUACAGCAGACAAAAUCGAGAAAGGCGAAGGCGCCGAGAUUCCAGUCAGUCGGGCGAGGAGAAUGCCAGUAGCAGCUACCGACACCACAGCAGUCGCAGUCACCAGAGCAGCUCUAGCUAUGGCAAACAUAGAAGGAGAACUAGAUCCCGCUCCAAUUCCCGCAGCACACACAACUCCCAUUCGUCCGUUUCCACCUCCGCUUCACAUCAGCUUCGCAAACGCAAGUGAAUCCAAUGCUAAUUUAGUCUUCUGUUUUUAAUGAGGAUACUCUUUAAUCAAGCUUAGAAAAUAUACAUAAACUAAAUAAAUUGUGUUAUACUU